AAUGCUCAUAUUUAGUCUUGGAUUCCUAGAUUUAUCUUCUGGACCAGGCUCUUGUUGUAUUUCACCAUUAAUUAACUAGUUGUUAUAAUAAUACAACACUGCAGUGUAAGCAUCUUUAAGUCAUUUAUACUUUACUUGCUUACUUAGAUCAGAGGCGUACCUUGUAUACUUUACUGGGUUUACAAAUUCAAUGCUUCAUUGUUAAUCUACCAUUCAUUCAUUCUUCUUGUCAAAUGGAUUGUUGCUCUGCACCCCUCAAUGGGUUUUUUGGGGAGAGAUUGAGGGGGAGAAAUGAUUAUAUGGUUAAAAGUUUUAAACUUGGGAAAAGGGUAAGAAAGAUCAAACCAGGGGUUUCUUUCUCUGUGCUUACCUCAAAUAAUGGUAUAGACACAAAUACAAUGUCCAUAAGGGUUCCAAGUUUAGAGAGGAACACGGCGAAGCCUAAAAAUGUGGCGGCUAUAAUAUUGGGGGGAGGUGCUGGGACGCAGCUGUUUCCUCUUACAAGAAGAUCAGCAACGCCUGCAGUGCCUGUUGGAGGAUGUUAUAGACUUAUCGACAUUCCCAUGAGCAAUUGUAUUAACAGCUGCAUAAACAAGAUUUUUGUUCUUACUCAGUUCAACUCGGCUUCUUUGAAUCGUCAUCUAGCUCGUACGUAUUUUGGAAAUGGAGUGAACUUUGGUGAUGGUUUUGUUGAGGUGCUUGCCGCCACUCAGACACCAGGUGAGGCAGGAAUGAAUUGGUUCCAAGGAACUGCAGAUGCCGUGAGGCAGUUUACAUGGGUUUUUGAGGAUGUCAAGAACAAGGACAUUGAAAAUGUGUUGAUACUAUCAGGGGAUCAUCUUUAUCGAAUGGAUUAUAUGGACUUCGUGCAGAAUCACGUUGAUAGGAAUGCAGACAUUACAGUCUCAUGUGUACCUGUAGGGGACAGCCGGGCAACAGAUUAUGGAUUGAUGAAAAUUGAUAACCUAGGGCAAGUUGUUCAAUUUGCUGAAAAGCCCAGGGGUGCCGAUCUGGAAGCCAUGAAAGUAGAUACCACUCUGCUAGGGUUGUCUCCAGAAGAUGCUGCAAAAUCCCCAUAUAUUGCUUCAAUGGGAGUAUAUGUCUUUAAGAAGGAUAUUUUAUUGAAGCUUCUUAGGUGGAGAUAUCCUACAUCCAAUGACUUUGGAUCUGAAAUCAUUCCUUCAGCUGUUACAGAGCAUAACGUGCAGGCAUAUCUAUUCAGAGACUAUUGGGAUGACAUUGGAACUAUAAAAUCUUUUUAUGAUGCUAAUUUGGCACUUACAGACGAGGUACCAAAAUUCGAGUUUUAUGAUCCUAAGAAACCAAUCUUCACCUCUCCAAGGUUCUUGCCACCAACUAAAUUUGAAAGAAGUCGGAUUAAGGAUGCACUUAUAUCACAUGGUUGCUUUCUACAAGAAUGUAAUGUUAUACACUCAGUCGUGGGUGAACGCUCACGUUUAGACUCUGGCGUGGAGCUUAAGGAUACACUUAUGCUGGGAGCAGAUUACUAUCAAACAGAAUCUGAGAUUGCAUCUCUUUCAGCAGAGGGUAAAGUCCCAAUCGGAGUUGGUCGGAACUCAAAGAUCAUUAAUUGUAUUAUUGACAAGAAUGCAAAAAUUGGCAGUAAUGUGAUAAUCGCUAACAAAGAGGGUGUUCAAGAAGCGGACAGACCGGAAGAAGGUUUCUACAUUAGAUCAGGAAUCACGAUCAUACUGGAGAAUGCCACUAUUAAAGAUGGUACUGUUAUAUGAUAAUGAGCCUUGACAACCUACUGUCUCUUUGGACAUCAAAACCUUACUAGUCUUGAGUUAUACAGUGCUUUUUUGGCCAAAAGCAAGUUGAAUUGCUGUUCUGCCACAGGGUGGAAGCUCCGAUCAUCCGUAAAGAUGAGGCUACAACUGAAGUUCUUGAAUAAAUCUUGAAAGGCUGCACCAGCUGAAUAUUUUCCCUUUCCUUGUGGAGUGCCAGAGUAGGGUAUAUCCGGGGAAGAGUUGAUAUCUGUGCAAGGCUACGAAUAGAAAUAAACAGUGCAGAACUUUUGAGUUGAACAAUGACAAUAAAAACUACUACUUCAACACUUUGGUGGCCUUCGAGCAUUUUUCAUUUCAAAAUAUAAAAGUCUUUACUGUCAAUAA